AUGAGCAAAGAACAACAAGAUCGUGGAAGAUCGGUGAUGGGUGAAAUUGUUUCAGCCGACACAAUUUCAGUUGGUAUAACUACGCCGACAAGUCACGAGGAACAGGAUUGGUAUCACGGACUUUUGCCGAGAGCUGAUAUUAAUUCGUGGGUUUUUUUUAUUUUGGAAACAGCUAGGUUUUGGCGCCAAAAUUGGUCUUGAUCAAGCAAUGUUGUUGGACGCGUCGCGGUCACGCGCUGCGUGUCUUCUGAAAUUUUAUGACGCAAAAAUGCACAGAAGUUAUUUGUUGGCAGCUUUCCAGUUGUCCAAUCAGUAGCAGUAAAGUUGCUCUAUUGCACAAUCAGUUUUUCUUGGGAACCUUGGAUGCGUUGCGGUCACGCGCUGCGUGUUUCAUUCUUCAAGGCGUCCCGGGUUCCCAAGAAAAACUGACUGUGCAAUAGAGCAAUUUUGCUGCAGCUGCUUGGAGAAUUGGAAAGCUUCUUCACACGCAGCGCGUGACCGCAACGCGUUGAUGUUUUUGGCGGCAAAUUUGAAAAUCUGAUUUUCUGCGCUAAAAAUUAACCAAAAAAUGGUUAAAAUUUGAAAUUUUCAUGCAAAAAUUGGUGAAAAUUACGAUUUUCACUCAAAAUCUUCCAAAUUUUUUCCAGAAUUCUCAUAAACGAUGGUGAUUUCAUUGUCCGAAAAUCGCACCGAAACACGGAAAAAGACAAGGAAAAAGACAGUGUUCAACUGGUUUUAUCAGCAAAAUACAAAGGAAAAUGUCAUCAUUGGCAAAUUGCUGAAAACAAGGAUGGAAGUGUGAUUUUGGAUGAGAAGAAAUUUGCGAAUGUUUGUGAUAUGAUAAAUCAAUUGAGAUCGAAGAAGUUGCCAGUUUCAGCAAAUUGUCCAGCCAUUUUGAUAAAUCCGAUUAUGAAACAGGAUUGGGAAUUGAGACAUGAUCAAAUUUGUUUGGGAAAAAUGUUGGGUGAAGGAGCUUUUGGUGGGGUUUAUAAGGCGGUUUUCUGUUUGAAAUCGAAGAAAUUGGCAGUGGCUGUGAAGGUGAGUGGGAAACUCAAAAAAUCGAUAGUUCUAUAGAGCGCGCUUUCAUGUUUUCAUUAUAUUAUUAAAAACUAGAUGUUUAAGUCGCUCAAUCAAAAAUUAUAUUUCUUCAGAAUUUUUCUGGAAUUUUUGAAACAGUAAUUUUUUUUGGAAAAAUUGAGUUUUUAAAAAUCUAAAAAUUUUAUAAAGUUUCCAAGAAAUUUGAAUUUUUCUCGAAAAUUCGGAUGGUUAAUUAGAACGCACUUGCAUUUUUUCAAAAGAAAUUUUGAAAAUUUUUUGCUGGAGCAUUCCUUUGUCAAAAGCAAACUUUUUAACAUUUUUUUGGAUUUUUCUACAGAAUUUAUGAAAUUUUUGAAACAGUGAAAAUUUUGUUUUUUUUUAAUUCAGAAGUUUGGGCUGUUUUUGGAAAAAAACGAAAUUUUUCAUUAAAAAAAAUUACUGUUUCAAAAAUUUUAGAAAAGUUCACAUUAAAUUAAAUUUGUCAUUGUUAUUCGGAAAUUUUGAACGGAAUAAUGCAAGUGCGCUCUAUUAAACAAUUCUCAUCAUUAAAAAUCCCACCAAAAUUUUUUUCGGAUUUUUUGUAUAUUUUUUAAUGUAAAUUUCAAACGAAAAAUGCUAGAGUAUCAAAAAAAAAUUUUUUCUGAAGUUUUCUAAAUUUUUUGAAACAGUGAUUUUUUUUCGGGGAAAAUUGAGUUUUUGAAUUUAAAAUAAUUUAAGAAGUUUCCAAGAAAUUUGAAAUUUUUCUCAAAAAUUCGAUUUUUUACUAGAGCGCACUUGCAUUUUUCAUUCAAUAUUUCCGUUAAAAAAAAUUUGCUGGAGCAUUCCUCAUUUUUAAAGAAAAAUUUUGAACAUUUUUUGAAACAGUGGAUUUUUCUACAGAGUAUUGUGGAAAUUGAUUGUUUUGUUUUGUUUUCUGAGAAUUUAUGAAAUUUUUGAAACAGUGAAAAUUUUGUUUUUGAAAAAUCCAGUUUUGGAAAAAAACAAAAUUUUUCAUUAAAAAAAUUACUGUUUCAAAAAUUUUAGAAGUUUAAAAAAUAAAAUUUUUCAUUUACUUAAGUUUUAUUGCUGAAGUUUUGAAUGGAAUAAUGCAAGUGCGCCCUAUUGAACAAUUAUCAUCAUUAAAAAUCCAACCAAAUUUUUUUCGGAUUUUCUGUAAAUGUUGUGAUGUAAAUUUAAAAGGAAAAUUGAUUUAGUAUCAAAAAAAAAACAUUUUUUUUCUGAAGUUUUCUAAAUUUUUUGAAACAGUGAUUUUUUUAUCGAAAAAUUGAGUUUUCAAAUUUAAAAAAGUUUAUGAAGUUUCCAAGAAAUUUGAAAUUUUUCUCAAAAAUCGGAUGGUUAAUUAGAGCGCACUUGCAUUUUUCAUUCAAUAUUUCGGCCAAAAAAUUGAGAGUAGAGCAUUCCUCAUUUUUGAAGCAAAAUUUUGAAAAUUUUUUGAAACAGUGGAUUUUUCUACAGAGUGGAGAUUGAUUGUUUUGUUUAGUUUUCUGAGAAUUUAUGGAAUUUUUGAAACAGUGAAAAUUUUGUUUUUUUUUUUAAUUCAGAAGUUUGGGCUGUUUUUGGAAAAAAAUUUCAUUAAAAAAAAAUCACUGUUUCAAAAAUGUUAGAAAAGUUUAGAAAAAUAUAUUUUUUCAUUAAUUCAAGUUAUUUCUGUAGUUUUGAAUAGAAUAAUGCAAGUGCGCUCUAUUGAACUAGGGGAUUUCUAGGUAAUUGUUUCAAAAACAGAAAAAAAUUCUGAAGAUGCAAGUGUGCUCUAAUGAACUAUAGAUUUUUGAACAAAAAUUCAAAAUCUCACCAGUUUUUUUUUUCAAAAUACAAUUUGCAGGUGAACAAAGGCAACGAUAAAAUGAGUACACGUUCAAUGAUCGAAGAUGUUUGCAAAGAAGCUCGAAUAAUGCGACAAUAUCAACAUGCAAAUGUCGUCAGUUUCUAUGGUGUUUGUGUGGAAAAAGAGCCAAUUAUGUUGGUGAUGGAAUUGGCGAAUCAAGGCGCACUUGACUCAUUUUUGAAGAAUUCGUCGUCGAAAGAUGAAAUCACAUUAAGAGAUAAAUUGAAAUAUUCAUUUGAUGCUAGUAAAGGAUUGGAAUAUUUGCAUCAAAAUGGAUGUAUUCAUCGAGAUGUGGCUGCAAGGAAUUUUUUGGUGCAUAAAGGAAUUGUUAAGAUUACGGAUUUUGGAUUGUCGAAACAAUUGUCGGAUCAUGCGCAUAAGUAUAAACUGAAGGUGGGGGAUUUUGGGGAAAAAUUUUGAUUUUCACAAUGUUUCAAAACAUUUGGAGCUUAAAGGUGGAGUCCGAGCAAAAAAUAAGUUGUGCUAAUUUGAAAGAGCAUGUUCUAAUUAGUACAAUCCUCGAAGGAUUUUUUCUGGAAGCGUCUCAAACAUUGGUUAAAAAAUUACAAAGUUUGAAAAAACAGUGACACACCGUGUAAAAUGGCUUGAAAGUCCAUAAGUACAGUAGCUUAUAUUUAAUGUUUGAGAAGCUUCCAGAAGAAAUCCUUCGAGGAAUGUACUAAUUAGAACAUGCUCUUUCAAAUGAGCACAACUUAUUUUUUGCUCGGAGUCCACCUUUAAAUUUAAAUUUUUGAGUUCUAAAUUAACAGGAUUCACAUAAAAAACCCUCUGACAUGAGCAACCAUCAAUUUUCGAGAAAAAAAGAUUUUCAAAAAGCUAUAAAUUAUUAUGAGCAAUCAUUUAGUUCUUGUAACUUUGAGAAUUUUCAAAAAAAUAUAGUUUUGAGCUGAAAAAUAACUUGUUCUCGAUUUUUUUCCAUUUUUCCGCCUAACAUGAGCGAUCUCAUCAUUUCACAAGAAAGAAUGAGAAUUUUUAAAAUUAAAAAAUUCCUGAUGAAUUUUUAGAAAACUCUAGCUUGUCUGAAAUUUUGCGUUUCACGAUUUUUCUCAAAUUUUUUUGAAACAGUAAAUUUUUUAGACUAAAGAAAAUUGUUUGAAAAUAAUAUUGUGAACGUGCUCAAAUUUAGCAUUUUGUCAAUUUUUUGAAACAGUAGAAUUUUUUAUCAUUUUUUUCAAAAUGGUCCAGGUGAAUUAAAAUGAUUUGGUUUUAUUGAAAUUUUCAGGGAUUUUUGAAACAGUGAUUUUUUUGGGUUUUUGAAAAAAUUAUAAAUUUCGAUUUCAAAUAAAAAUUCAAAGAAAAAAAACCAAACCAUCUAUUUUUCUUGAAUUUUAAUAAUUUUUUGAAACAGUGAAAUUUUUGAACAACGGUUUUGAAAAUUUUCAAAUCUCAAUUUUUGUUUCAAUUUUUGUUUUGUUUCAGCAAGUUCUUUUGGUUUAAAUUUGAAUUUCAAGUAAAAUAAAAAAUCUAGCAAAAAUGUUUUUUUCCAAGUUUUUUGAAGAAUUUUUGAAAUAGUGAAAUAUUUUAAAUUCCAAAAUUGAAGUGUUUAUCAUCAAAUUAAUCAAAAAUUGUAUUUUCUCAGAAUUUUUUGAUGAAUAUUUGAAACAGUGAAAUUUUUUAACCGAAAAAAUUAAAAAAUCCUGUUUUUCCAAAAGAAAAACCUCUAGAACCCAGAAUUUUCCCAAGAUCGUUUUUGGACUGAAAUUUUGGUCUUCUAAUACAAUAAAUUUUAAUAUGAGCAAUGUUAUAGUAUUUUAUAUAUCAUGUAAACAUGCAUCUCAAAAAUUAUAUAUUUUUUAAAAUAAGUUUUUUGUUUUAUUUUUGAAACAGUGAAAUAUUUUUUGAACAAAUUUGGUUGAGAAUUUCCAGACCCUAACAAGGAAACCUUUUUUACUCAACACUUCAAAUCAUGAUGAAAUUUGGUUUUUGGACAGCUUUUGGGACCAUAAGAACACCCUAAAAAUUUUAGUCUCCCAAUGGACCUAUGAGCCAAGUUCUGGGCUCUCAAAAGUUCGAAAAUUGCCAAAAUUGGCUCAUAAAACACGUCAUAACUCAAUUCUCGAUCAAUUUUAUGAAAAACUGAGUAGCAGAUGCUGAUCAGCGUGGUCGAUUUACCCAAAAAGCAUGAAUAAAUCAAAUUUUCGGAAAAAUUUUUGAUUUUGAAAAAAAGAAAGAGGAGGGGCACAUAUGAAUUUUCAUGAAUUUUCAGCCCAAAAAUAAAAAACUUCAAAAUUUUUCAAAAUAAAGUUUUUUAUUGAUGUACUUUUAGUAAAUCGACUAUGCUGAUCAAUAUCUGAAACUUUAUUUCUUCCAAAAAAAAUUUUGAAAUGGAGCUAUGAUGACUUUUUUGUACUUUUGAGAGCCCAGAACUUGGCUCAGAGGUCCAUUGGGAGACUAAAAUUUUUAGGGUGUUCUUAUGACCCCAAAAGCUGUCCACGGACCAAAUUUCAUCAUGAUUUGAAGUGUUGAGUAAAAAAGGUUCCCUUGUAAAAAUUAUCUAUAAAAUUUCUAAUAUGAGCAAUGUUAUAGUAUUUUAUGGAAUAAUAAUGCCUAUCAAAAAAAUAAUAUAUUUGAUGAGUUUUUGAAACAGUGAAAUAUUUUAGAUUCAAAAUUGUUCAAAAAUCUGUUUUUUUAAUACCGAAACCCUGAAUUUCCCAAGAUCUAAAGACUUUCAAUAUUUUUGAAUAGGAUUGCGAUCCAACUCAUCAAAAAUUGUAUUUUCUCAGAAUUUUUUGAUGAAUUUUUGAAACAGUAAAAUUUUUUAACCAAAAAAAAAUUAAAAAAUUCUGUUUUUCCAAAAGAAAAACCUCUAGAACCCAGAAUUUUCCCAGCUCGUUUUUGGACUGAAAUUUUGGUCUUCUAUAAUACAAUAAAUUAUAAUAUGAGCAAUGUUAUAGUAUUUUAUAUAUCAUGUAAACAUGCCCAUCAAAAAUUAUAUAUUUUUUUUUUAAUAAGUUUUUUGUUUUAUUUUUGAAACAGUGAAAUAUUUUUUGAAUAAAUUAAGUUGAGAAUUUCCAGACCUAAAAAUGAUGUCUAAAAAUUUCUAACAUGAGCAAUGUUAUGAUAAAUCCGAUUUUUUUCAGGAUCUCCACCAAAAGCUUCCAAUUCGCUGGCUUGCCCCUGAAGUUAUCGUAACUGCCACGUAUUCCUUCAAAUCCGAUGUUUUUUCAUUUGGUAUUCUACUAUGGGAAAUAUUUAUGGAUGGUGCAAUUCCAUAUCCUGGAAUGACAUUAGCUGAAGUCAGCAAAGAAGUUCGAAAAGGAUAUCGAAUGUCGCCACCGGAUAAAAUGCCAAUGAUUUGUCGAAAUAUAAUGACGGCACAAUGUUGGCCACAAAAUCCGGCAGAUCGAGAUAAUAUGAUGGAAAUUCGACAAGCUAUUGAAGGAGUUUUGGAAGGGAGACAGAAUCAGAUGGCUAGAUCUGCUUAUGUUAGAUAUAAUUAG